AGGAAAAGGCGACAUUUUCUUUGGGGGAAAUAGAAAGAGAAAGAGAAAAAGAUGGGUUGCUUCGGUUGCUUCGAUGGAGGGUUAGCGAGAGAGGAAAGAUUGGAGGAAGAACGCAGGGCUUCUGAAGAAGCUCGAGCUAAAGCUGCUGAAGCCGCCGAGAAAAGACAAGAACAAUUUGCACAAUCAGCUGCAGGUAGAGCUGCAAGAGCUCAGAUGCAAGCAGCUGCAAAACAGGCUUCAAACCCUAACAAAGGCGAACCAACUCUCAAGUGGCAGAUGGGAUAACGAUUAGCUUUUGUAAACAUAACAUUCGCCACCACAUGUAUUUGAUCAUAAUAAAGAAGUGGAAAGAUGCAAUCAGUGAAGAGAAGCUGUUUAUUGUGAAAGUUAUCUCUUGAAAUAAUUAUGUGCAAAAAAGCUAGAAGAAGAUAUUGUUUGUGUAAAGUUUGUUUUCUAUAAUUUGUGCUUCGAUUUAAUUAUGUACAGUGUAAUAAACUUCACCAGUGCAGUUGUCCUUUUGUACUCAAAUUACCAUAUCCUAAAAGAAAAUUGACAUAAUUG